AUGUUCCAAUCCCAAGCCUCAAAGGGCAUGCUUGCCCUAGCAGCAGCCAUGAGCCUAGUCACUGGCUCAACCGCCGGCCUCGAAACUUGCGAAAGCAGCACCCCCUUCAGCUGCUCCAGCUCCUCCGCAGAGCCAACCUGCUGCUUCAACUCUCCAGGCGGUGCCCUCCUCCUGACUCAAUUCUGGGAUACCGACCCAUCAACCGGUCCCAAGGACUCAUGGACCAUCCACGGACUGUGGCCCGACAAUUGCGACGGCACUUACGAGGCGAGCUGCGACUCCAAGCGCGCUUACUCCAACAUCACAGCGAUCCUGCAGGACCAGAACCUCGGUGACCUGGUCGACUACAUGGACGAGUACUGGGUUGACAUCAAAGGAGACAACGAGGACUUCUGGUCGCACGAGUGGAGCAAGCACGGUACUUGCAUCAACACGAUCGAGCCAAGCUGCUAUUCCGACUACAAGGCGCAGGAGGAAGUGGGUGAUUACUUCCAGAAGACGGUUGAGUUGUUCAAGAGUCUGGAUACCUACAAGGCUCUUGAUGCUGCUGGCAUUACCCCGAGUACUUCCAAGACUUACUCUCUCAGCGAGAUCCAGGAGGCUCUUACCGACAUGCAUGGUGCGUCGGUUUACCUUGGCUGCUCUAGUGGCGAGUUGAACCAGGCCUGGUAUUUCUAUAACGUUAAGGGCAAUGUUAUUGAUGGAAAAUACAAGGCUGUUGAGACCCUUACUGAUUCUGGGUGCCCCAAGACUGGCAUCAAGUAUCUGCCCAAGUAA